GCGUGGGUUGGCAUUGUUCAAGACGUUUCCCGGAGCCACGCGGUGAGGUAAACUGUUAUUAACUAUUUGUUUCUAUACAAAUACCGAUAAGCAUGGGGGACCGUGAAAACGAACAAUUUAGAAAGCUUUUUAUAGGUGGAUUGAGCUAUGAAACGACAGAAGAUAGUCUAAAAACCCAUUUUGCACAAUGGGGAAAUAUUAUCGACUGCGUGGUAAUGAAAGAUGCCCAUACCAAACGAUCAAGGGGUUUUGGAUUCAUCACAUAUUCCACUCCUGAAGAGCUAGAUGAAGCUCAAAAGAGUCGUCCCCAUCGACUAGAUGGAAGGCAAGUAGAAUCUAAACGUGCUAUGCCUAGAAACAAAGAUGGUGGCGAAGGAGAAUCUUCACAAUCGUGCAAGAAAAUGUUCGUUGGUGGGAUUGCCGAUGAUGCUACGGAGGAUCAACUUCGUGAAGUAUUCGGUGUAUACGGAGAUAUUGAGAGAGUUGAUUUGAUAAAAGACAAAGUAACCGGCAAAAACAAAAGAUUUUGCUUUGUGACAUUUUUCGACUACGAUCCUGUUGAUCAAUGUGUAUUGAAAAAGAAACACGAUGUAAACGGUAGAUCAGUGGAAGUUAAGAAGGCUGUACCUAGGGAACAAGAUGGUGGAAUGGGGGGACGCGGUGGCGGUCGAGGUGGAAUGAUGGGAGGACGCGGCGGCGGUCGUGGUGGAAUGAUGGGAGGCGGACGAGGAGGUCGAAAUGACUGGGAUCAAGGUGGUGGCUAUAACCAGCAGGGUGGCUACAAUGACUAUAACCAAGGAGGUGGUUAUAAUAGUGGUGGAGGUGAUUACAAUCAGAAUUGGAACCAAGGAGGUGGUGGAGGCUAUGACAACUACAACAGUGGUUACAAUCAAAACCAGAAUAGUGGUGGAAACUGGGGUGGAAACCAGCAGCAGAACUUUGGACAAAAUUAUGGUGAUGGAUAUGGGGGUGGAGCAAUGAGGGGUGGUGGUAGUGGCGGAAACUAUCAGCAGCGAUCAGGACCCUAUAGUCAGGGUCAAGGAAAUUACAACCGAGGAGGUGGUGGUGGCGGCGGCGGAGGUGGUUACAACAGGCGCUAAGAUCACCAGCUAAUAUGUCCGCACACCAGACUUUAAAAUAUCCGAUCAGUUGAAAGAAUGGUUUUCAAACCUUGCAAUCAAGAUCUGUAAAACUUGAGACACUACUUUAUAUGAAAUUCGUGAUAGAUCGUGGCAAACAUAAGUUUGCAUGUGACAUUCAGGCAAACUACAUUGUAGUAGUGUAAAUAUUUGUGUUAAACUUGUGACUGUACAUUGUCAUUCCGUUGUCAUUUUAGUAUCUUGCUGGUCAUGAGUAGUCAUUUUCAUUUGAUACAUCUCCAGAUCAACUCGGUUACAUUACUUGGUAUCAACAGAAAGUAGUCUUCAUUAUAUAAUUGUCAUUUAACUAACAUAUUAAGUUGAUUCUGGCAUUAAAAUGGCCCUAUAAUAGGCCUAAAAGAUUCAUUUGGUAUUAAGAUAACCUUUUUUUUUAAAUGUGAUCAACAAUGAAAUUUAACAAAUGCAGGACUAAUUUUCCAAUUCUCAGAAUUUUAUUGUUAGACUUCUCACAUCAUGUUCAUCUUGUCACCAAAUAUUAUUCUUUUUUUUUUCUUUUUUUUUUCAUUGUAGUUAUAUUGAUACCAUAUUUUUGUAUAUUUGUUUUAAGUGUGAAGUUGUUGACAAGGAAUUGUAGUUGAUACUCUAAUAUCACAUCUCCAAUUUUUAAUCUUGUUUUGGCAGUAUAUGCCAUUUAUUUAGUUUGGUAAUUUACUUGAAAUUUAAGCAUGUGAUGUGUAAACUAUAAAUAGAGCGAUUGGUUAUUUAUUAACCAAUAUAUGCUGUGUGUUUAAAUUAUGUACAAUAACAGAAGUUUUCUGAUAGCAUAGGAAACUAGAACAUUAUUCAGUAAACUAUUGAUGUCGUGUACUUUACUUUACAAGAGGCCUUUUCAUAAUCAUAGGGGUUGUUGAUCAAAGAGAACUUGCACACUGAAUAACAGUAUGUUGAUAUUCUGUUUGAUCCAAAUGAAAAAUAUUAUUGGCAGUCUAGAAUUACUGGGAACAGUCUAUAUUUUUCAAUCUUUAUUAACAAUAUUGUGGAUUCUUAAAAUAAAUUAACCUUGUCAUUA